UGCAGGCUGCCUUGGCAGAGAGCAGUUUACCUUUGCUAAGUAAUCCUGGACUGAUCAAUAAUGCAUCCAGUGGCCUACUGCAGGCUGUCCACGAAGACCUCAAUGGUUCUCUGGAUCACAUUGACAGCAACGGAAACAGUAGUCCGGGCUGCUCGCCUCAGCCGCACAUACAUUCAAUCCAUGUCAAGGAAGAGCCAGUGAUUGCAGAGGAUGAAGACUGUCCAAUGUCCUUAGUGACAACAGCUAAUCACAGUCCAGAAUUAGAAGACGACAGAGAGAUUGAAGAAGAGCCUUUAUCUGAAGAUCUGGAAUGAGAACUGACUUGUGAAACCUCAGCGUGAAGGGACAUAUCACUGACCUUCAUAACCACUCCACAACCAUGAAUAUUUGACAAAUUUUUACUGUGACUAUUUAUUAAGCAUGGAUAAAGGAGACAGCCCUAAAGGAACUUACUAAGCCAGCCCUUUGGGAUUCAGUACCAACAGGCAAAUUGCUUGUUUUCUUCUUCUACUUUUUUUUUUUUUUUUUUUAGAAAAAAAAUGCAAAAACUGAUUUUCUUGAAAAAAAAAAAUGAACUGUUCUUUCUAUAAUGGCUUUGCCCAUUUAAAAAAUGUGGCUCUUAAGGGUUCAUGAAAUGACUGAAUAUGAGGAUACAUGUCCUGUAGAAAGCAAAUGCGCCUCAUAUACUGCCAAAAAUAGUGUUAGUUUCAUUAAUGUGAAUUUUCCAGCAUUCAGUAGUUGUAAUGUUAGAAACAAUUGCUGGUCAAGUUCAACUUGUUGCUAUUGUUUUUAAUUUGCACAGGAGUAGUAUCAGAAAUUAGUGUCACUGCUUGUAUCUAGCUGAAUUUUAAACAACAGAACAUUAGUUUUUUAUGUUGGUGCCACCAACUGUAAAUGACAUAAGUUAGUUAUUACAAAACACAGUAAUUAGACUGUUGCAACCAUCUAAAACCUUAGGCUUCCAGUCUGUGCUGUUAGUGUUAAGAUGUAAAGUGCAAUCCUAAGCUAACAUUAUCUGUGCAAGCACCAUAGAAACAUUUGCAUAUCUGCAUAGAUCUUACAACUGUACUCUUUACCUCCUUGUGAUAAAGCUUUGUCUACCUGCAAACACAGUCAAAGGCUACAGCUGCAAACCAAAGCCAACUCUAACCAUGGCCAAGAGCUCAAGGACAGAAGCAGCCACAUGCUUUGGUCAGCCUUCUGUAACUUCAAUUAGUACAAAGGAACCUUUUCCAUGAACUACCUGCUGUUUUCUGAUGACCUCUGGGAUCUUUUCAUUUAGCCCUAAACAAAGAAACAAAAUAUGACAAAAACCACAACUAAAAAAAGUUAAUUCAGUCACAGAGUAAUCUUCUGAGGCCAAAAGUCCAUCUAAAUGCAAUGAAGAUUUGCUUUCAUUAAAGACAGAGGUGAGGACAAAAUCUGCAGUGGAAGUUAUGAUAUGCUAGAAAGCAACAAAUGUGGAUCACUGACCAAAACGAUUAUGUACUUGAUGCAAAUGCAGAUUGCAUAUUGUUAUAUAUAUAGUACUUUGUGUUUUUGUUUUCCCUCAUUCAGUCAGUUAUUUUCAGUGGUGAAUACAUGUUGUUAGAAGAUGUCUUGUACGGUCUUAAUCUUUGUUGUGUACUAUUUUUUUAUAGUCUUAAGUUAUAAUGAAAAAACAAAAAGUAGGAACCAAACAUAAAAGGUCUAGUAAAGCCAAAAAUUAAUUUCAUAUUGAUUUUAAAGUGAUCUAGCUGAGUUUUUACACUGAAAGCAAAGAUUAUAGCAAUUGUAGUCCAUGGUAUUUAUUUUCAGUCAAACCAAAGUUACAUAUAAUUCUGCCUCUGCUUAUACGGGAUAUUAACACUAACAAUACACUCCCUUCAAAGACUUGCACAGGCCAAAUUGUUGGAAUGCUGGUUUUCUUGACAACUCCAAACCCCAAAACUAUGAUACUGAGUAAUGGUGUAGUUGAAAAUAGCAUAGUCAGAUGUUUGCUUAAAACCUAGAAACUUAACGUGUUGCUUUUCAUGUGCUGUGCCAAGUCUUGAUAAUACUUUUUCCCCCAACCAAGGGACCUCAUAACCUGAUUAUGGUUAUUGCUUUACAAACAGUUUUGACAGAAGGUGGCUGCUAGAGCUUAACAUAUGUACCAGUUCCAUGUGAUGGAACCGGUUCUUGCAAACUAAGCUCAUCAUUGAUUCUUUGCUGAAGUCAGCAAAUAGAGUUAGAGAGAUACCCAGUCAUCUAUCACACCAAAUAAAAGGACAUAACGGCUUUCAAAAGGGUUUUCCCACUUACCCAAAAGGCUUUCUGAAAGCUUCUACCUCUGCAAAAAAAAAAAAGAAAAAAAAAAAAAAGAAAAAAAUUAGAACAAUUAUGGCAGAUUGCAUGAAACGUGAGAACGUCACAGUAACUGCUACUUUUCAUUAUGUUUGUCUUUGGGUCAUGAUCAAUGAACCGGAAGUUUACAAUAUGGUAUUAAAAGAAAGAUGGGUAUGGUGAAAGAUGGUUUUCAGUCAUCUAGGAUCCUACUGUAAGGAUUAUCUGAAAGGAAAAAUGGGUCUUUUCAGGUGCAUGUUCAAAAGGCUAUGAUGGACUGGAAGUAACUGUGAGAGUUGUACCAUCAGGAGGGUGGCCUAAGACUACAAUGCUAAAGUAUGCAUACCUCAGUUAGAAAACUUUUGAAAGGAAGUCUCAGCCACAGAAUGCAUAUACCUGUAGAGUUUUGCAUGGGUUUUAUAUGAAUACAAUUUUAAAAAAUAGCUGCUUGCACAUUAUACCAGAAAAACCUCCAAAACUGCAAUUGCUUUGAAAAUAGAUUUUAGGUUUUUUGGAGUUUUCUGAAAUGCUUGGUCUGUAUUUUGAUAAUUGUGCAUAUUAUGUAAAAAUGUUGGUGGACCCAUAAAUGACCAGACUUUUUCUAAGAAAAAUGUUGCUUUAAUGCAUUUCAUGAAUUUUUACUCUUAUAUCAUUGCUUGCUAGUAAUAGCAAAUCUGCUUUUCUGCAUCUGCUUUGCGUAGCUAUUGUAAGGCUUUGAACUAAUGUAUGUAUUUAUUGCUUGAACUUCUGUGCAUACCUUAUAAAGCAUAAUGUCUGACAAUUUAAAUGGCUCAUGUAUUCUUGCUUCUAUCAUAAGCUGAUUAUGGGGACUAUGAUCUUUUGUAUACAGCAAAUUUUAAACUGUAGCACAAACAUCUGUUUAUGUAUUGGUGGAAUAUACCUGUUUUAUUUAUCUUUUUUGAGGUAAACUAAUUUUUGAUACUUUUCAUUACUGUGUACUAUGUUCAUACUUUGAAUUCUCUGACGUUAGAAGUCAUGGUUGAGAAUUGUAACAGCUGUUAUUCGUUCUGUAUUCAUGGCUUUCACUGCUGAAUAAAAUAAAGGACCAAACCUAGGAUUUGAAAGAAAACUGUCUACCUCUAACACCAGGGAGUUAUCAGAUUUUAUUUUACAUAGUUUUAGUCUACAAAGACACAAUUGCUUAAACCUAGUGGGCUUAAGGCUUAUAUUCUAUGUGGUUGGAUUCGUGGCACAGUUGUACUAUUUGAAAAUCAAUUAAAAUUUUAUGUGAAUGUUACAAGUAUUUGGUAGAAUUACCACUAACUGGGUUUUCUUUAGAUAACUCAGAUAUGGAGAAAAUGUCAUCAGCAUUCUGUGUCUACAGCUGCUUAACUUCAUAAGAAUGCAUUUCUUUGUGAUUAGGGAAUCGAAGAAUAGUCAGCUAGGAAUAGAGCUACAGAAGUACACUUAAAUAAACCAUCCUGGACUUUAAUGUCCCUGGGCAGAUUCAGUCGCAAAAUCCAAUACAGUAUUUUGUAAAGUUUUCAAGUUGGACAUUUACAUUUUUGAGAAUUUUGAGACUUCAUCUUACACAUGCUAGUAUUAACACACAUUUGGACAAUAGCUUUAUUAAGUCUAUAAAGCUAUUGAAAGGAACAUGGCUUACCCUUGUUAUUUCACUAGUUCAGGUUGCAAUGAAAGGUUUUUUUUGUCCAUGAACACUUGGCAUAUCUUAGCAAAAAAGAAGGAUGUACAUUUUACUAUAGAAUUAAUGUAUGAACAGUGUGUCACUGCUGUUGGAUGUAAAAAUGUAUAUGAAACCAUUUCAUUCACUUGAUUACAUUUCUGAAGUAUAAAUAAAAAAAUCUAAUUCUUUUUGACCCAUUUAUAACCACUAGGAUUUUAUUCUUUCGGAGAGACCAUUCUUCCAUGCCAGAGCCAAGUCAUAAAUUUGUGUACACAUGUCCCACAAUUUGUUUAAAAUUAUUUUCUUAGGGAUUGGGGAUUCAUAAACCAGACCAUACUCAAAUGUAGUCAAUAAAGAUGGAGGCUGCUUGUCAAAUGCAUUCCAUUAAAAACUGUCGUCAGGUUCCAAAUUGCUUCCCCACACACUCAUCUCAUGUUUUCAUGUUUUUAUUCUGAUACAAUUUGACAUUAUAAAUUCUGACCAUUAAAAAAUGCCAGGGGAAAACAUGAUUACUCUUUUUAACUUUAUGACUUUUUUGCUUUAUCGUCUUUUUUUGUUUUGCCUCUAAAUGUCAGUCACACCCACAGCAUCCAGCCAUGGUUUAGAGGAAUGUGUCGGAGAUAGGUAAGUAGCUUCCAAGGAAAUGCUUUUUAGGAUAUUAGGGAUCUGUUCCAGACCCACAAUUUGAUGUGAAAAAAACAGGCAAGAUAGGGCCCCUGCAUUGGAAAAUUUCGCUUACUUUAACCUAACUUCUAAAUCUCCUCACAAUCAAAAGUAAAAGGAAAAUGAAUCUGUUGAGAAUUUUUUUUUUAUGCGUAACUUAAUAUUUUCUGUCAUCCUAGUGAAAGGGUACCUUGACUAAAGGACUUUCCACAGGAUUAAAAAAUGUUUUGAAAAAGAAGUACGGACGUGCGAUUAAUGUCCUUGAACAUUACAUUUUUUCCUCUAUCAAUUGUUGAAAGUAAAUGAUUACCAAUGUAUCCUGUCCAGUGUAUUUUGUUAACUUACUAAAGGCUAUAUAACAAGAUGUGAAUCCAGUCUGAGCAUUUUCUAUAUUAUAAGGAGAACAAUUUACAGAUUAGGAAUAACAAGAAAUGAGUAAAACUGAUUUGGCAGAUGUUUUGUACUUAAACCUAAAUUCAAACUCUUGUGAUCCCGUAGUGUAAAACACUUGUUACCCAGAUAUUUUCUGUUGUUGAAUCAAUGGAGGAUUCAGGUGCUUUGUAAAAACUUGAUCAUUAAUUCCUUCUGAAUUUUAAAAAUAAAAACACAAAAAAGAUGUCAUCUUAAAAUCUAACUAAGCAGAGAAGAAAUACAGAUGGCAAGUCACACUUUAAGCACACUUGAAGUAUUUUCUUUAACAAAAGUAAUGAAAGCUAAGCAUCCAACUCCCUACUGUUUCAAAUAUUUUAUAGAAGGAUAUUAAGAUAAAUCCUAAUGUUCAAAUGCUGGUGAAGGAAAAGAACAUAAACUCUAUCUUUUCCCUUUUUUUGUUUUUGUUUGUUUGUUUCUUAAACUGCAUGGAAAACAGUAAACACCAAGGCACAAGAUAACUAUAAGAAUAUGUGUAACUUGAGAAAAUAAGAUGUGACUUUGCCCACAAUUUGAUGUAUUGUUCCCUUUACCCUCCAUAUGUUCAGUCGCCAUCAACACCCUCUAAGUGAAACUGUGUGACACCUGAAUAAAUGGAAAGACCAGCCAUAGUAAAAAAAAAAAAA